CGUCGCGCGCACCAUCAGCCAGGGAGAGAAUAUCCGAGAACACCUGUUGGAGGGCUGCAGGUGAAACGGGAGUUUGGAUACAGCCAGUCUGACGGCGCAAAGGGAUUCUCGUUGAGUUUCAGCUGUAGCGGUGCUGAAAGCUGGUGGAUUACAAGGAUCUUGUCUCAAAAUGGAGUUUGGAAGCAUAAAGUCCACUGUUGGACUCAUUUAUGAUGAGUUCAUGCAAAAUGCAGACACACGGACAGAGAACUGGCUGCUCAUGUCGUCUCCUCUUCCCCAAACGAUCAUCAUCGCCGCAUACAUUUACUUUGUGACAUCGCUGGGGCCUCGACUCAUGGAGAACCGCAAAGCCUUUGACCUCAAAGGAGUUCUUAUCAUCUACAACUUCAGCGUGGUGGCUCUGUCAGUAUACAUGUGCUAUGAGUUUGUGAUGUCAGGAUGGGGAACAGGAUACUCUUUUCGCUGUGACUUGGUGGAUUACUCUGACUCGCCACAGGCUGUGAGGAUGGCGGCAACAUGCUGGCUUUACUACUUCUCAAAGUUCAUUGAGAUGUUGGACACGAUUUUCUUUGUGCUGAGGAAGAAGAACAGCCAGGUGACUUUCCUUCAUGUCUACCAUCACUCCAUCAUGCCGUUCACCUGGUGGUUUGGUGUCCGCUUUGCUGCAGGUGGACUGGGAACAUUCCAUGCCAUGCUUAAUUGUGUGGUUCACGUGAUCAUGUACACCUACUAUGGUCUGACUGCCAUGGGCCCCAAGUACCAGAAGUACCUGUGGUGGAAGAAGUACCUCACAACCAUCCAGCUGAUUCAGUUUGUUAUGGUGACCAGCCACAUCUCCCAGUACUUCUUCUUGAAGGACUGCCCGUACCAGUUCCCAAUCUUUGUCUACAUCAUCGGCCUGUACGGCCUGAUUUUCUUGUUUCUCUUCCUCAACUUCUGGUACCAUGCCUACACCAAGGGCAAGAGGCUGCCAAAAGUCCUUCAGGCUCAGACGUGGGCACACCACACCAACGGAGUCAUGAAUGGAAACUCCAAUCAUUACAAGGAUGAGUGACGCAGGAGCAGGGCUUCUCAGGGGUUUUGGGGUUGAGCUCAUUUACAUAAACUACCGUGGUAGUCUGAGAUUCAA